AUGAUUCAGGAUCUUCAAUCAACAUUCUUCGAAGAAAGGAGUGAGAAGAGAAAGGAGCUGUCGAAAGGUGGUGGAAAUGGGCUAUGUAAGGCACAGGGAAUAAGAUUAGUUAAAAAUAGUGUAGAAAAAUCUAAAGCAGGAAGUUGGAAUUGUAGAUCAAAGAGUGACUCCAUUUCGCAUGUUCCUGUGAUAAAUUUAUGUGAUGGAGAAGACAAGAUAGAAAAGCCCAUGAUUAUUGUCGAGAUUCUGGACAGUGAUGAGGAGAUUGAAGGGAGAAAGGCUGAUGAUACAGCUGAAAUGCCCACAGAGACAGCUAAACAGGUUCCUAUUGAAGAUAUUCAUGAAAAUUAUGUAGAACGGAAGGAUUCUCUGCCGGCUGUUCGGCAGAAAAGGGAGCAACCGAAGCGACGACUUCCGAAGAGGAAGAUGCUAAAGGUUCCCAAGAGAAGAAUCCACCGGACACGGAGGAAAAGAAUCUUGGUGAGGAAACGAAAAGUUGAGACUACGUCUCUGCUUGGUUCAAGUGAAGUUGGUCCAGAAGAUCCCAGUGAGGUAUAUUCCAAUGUCAGUGAUACCCCUCUAGAUGAUGAUCUUCUGGUUGAACCAAUUUCUGAGCAUGAUGUGCCAGAAUCUACAAGGGAUUCUUGCAAUGCAACUCCAGUUCUGGAUGAACAUCCUAUUCAUGAAGAUGAAAAUACUCAAUGUCUCGAUGAACAGACAGAUUUGGGGAAUUCCAGGGUUAUUUUCAGUACGUCCUUCAAAGGACGACACUGGAAGGAUUUCUAUUCGAAGGAUCUCGAAGAACAUCCUCCGAAUGGGGCAAGAGUUUCAGUAAAUCAUUGUGAUUUUGAAGUCACUACAGUAGAAGCAGGCAGAAAAGAGUUCGGCAGUGAGAACAAUGAAGUCUUAUCUGAAUCUUGUGAACCCUGUCACAAUGCAGAGAGCUCGAUUGAUAAGACAUGCAGAGCAAAUUCCAGUGAAUUAAAUGAUUCGAGAGAAUGUGAGAAAGAGGAAUUUGAAGUAGCAGAAGAGGGCAAAAAAGUAAUGGUAGAGAAGUCUGCAGAAUCUUCACCGAGGAAGGCGGAAGUAAAUAUUCCUGAACAAGAGAUAAAAGAAUUGUCUCUUGAGGAAAAAGCUUCUGAAAAGGAUCCAGAAGAGACAGUUGAAAAUAUGGAAGUUUGUAAAGUGGUGGUUCCAAGAGUUCCUGAAGAGGUUCUUCCAGAACUCUCUGAAGAACUUACUCCGAAUGAGUCUGAAAAAUUUGUUUCAGAAGGAUUCGAAAGGUUUUGUAAAGAUCUUGCUUCAGAAGUUCCUGAAGAGAUUUCUGCAGAAGUCUCUGAAAAUCUUCCUCCUUCGGUCCCUGAAAAAGUUAAUUCAGAUAUUUCUAAAAGUCCUACUUCAAAAGUUGUUGAAGAUCUUGUUUCAGAAACCCCUAAAGAUUCAGCUGAAGAUCAUACUCUUGAAACUCCCAAAGAGCAUCAUUCCGAUGCACUUGAAGAGCUUCCUUCAGAUGCCUUUGAAAAGAUUGCUCGAGAAGUUUCUGAAGAGUUUACUGAAGACGUUGCUGAAGUAUUUUCUCUAGAAGUUUCUGAAGAUCAUACUGAAGAUCUUUCUCCAGAAAUAUCUGAAAAGAUUCCUCGAGAUGUUUCGGAAAAGCUUACUGAAGAUGUCGCUGAAGAGCAUGCUCCAGCAGUCUCUAAAACGAUUGAUCGAGAAGCUCCUGAAAAGCUUAUUGAAGACACUGCUGAAGAGUUUAUUGCAGAAGCCUAUAAAAAGAUUCAUCCUGAAGUUCCGGAAAAGCUAACUGAAGAUACCGCAGAAAAGCUUGCUGCAGAAGUAUCUAAAAUGAUUGAUCGAGAAGUUUCUGAAAAACUUACUGAAGAUACCCCAGAAAAGCUUGCUCCGGAAGUCUCGAAAAAGAUUGCUCGAGAAGUUUCUGAAAAACUUACUGAAGAUACAGCUGAAAAGCUUGCUCCGGAAGUCUCGAAAAAGAUUGCUAGAGAAGUUUCUGAAAAGCUUACUGAAGAUACCCCUGAAAAGCUCGCUCCGGAAGUCUCGAAAAAGAUUGCUCGAGAAGUUUCUGAAAAGCUUACUGAAGAUACCCCUGAAAAGCUUGCUCUGGAAGUCUCCGAAAAGACUGCUCGAGAAGUUUCGGUAAAACUUACUGAAGAUACCACUGAAAAGCUUGCUCCAGUAAAGUCGACUCAAGAAGACAAGCCUUCAAAUGAGAACACAAAAGUUCUAGUUGAAAAACUUGAAGAUAGAGAUAAGAUGGAUUCUGAAAACAAAUAUCCAGAAUUUAGUGACAUUUCAGACAAUGAAAUGAAUGUUGAUGAAAUAGAUAGGGCAGAUGAGGAGCUUUCAGAAGAAGUUUCUCUUGAGUCUGGUCCAACAGAAGAAACGACUGUGGAAUCGACAACACAUCCAAAUGGUGAAGAUGACGAUGAAGAUGAUAUUCCCCUGAAGAAAUUGUCCUCAAAUAAAAAUGAAGCGUUGAGAAUAACUUACAGACUUCAGCGAACGAGGAAAUACAAACCAGCAGGAACAUACUGUGAAGAUUCUCCACUUCUGUACGAGGAAUUCUUUUCCAAUGGAGAGAUUUUUGAAGAUCUGCCAAAGGAGACGGAGCCCGAACCAGUUGAGACUCAACAGGAUUUCAUGAAGGUUAUGAAUUUAGUACCACGUGAAAUAGAGCCUGAAGAGGCAGAAGUAAAUCAGGAAGAAGAACAGGAGAUUACAAAUGAAGAUUCCCCUGAAGAUCAUGCAAAGAAUGGUUCACUAGAUGAAUCUGAAGCACUGCCUACUAUCCCGAUUGAGAAUGGAUAUGCGUCUGAAGAUCCGGAGAAGAUACCAACAGAAGAACCUCCUGUUCAAGAAUCCAAUGUUUCCAGUGCCCUUGGUAAUAAUGAAGAUGACUUCAAAAUCAACAAAGAAAACUCACUAAUUUCUUUCUGCACUAAGCCAUCUCUUGAAGCUCCAAAGCUCAAAAUCCUAUCACCUGAGGCUCUGUUUUGUGUAGAAAAACCCUCCAGUAUACAAGAAGAGCACCUGGAAAAGAGCAAGAGAAAAGGUUUCAGUUACGGAAAGAAGAUAAAGAGAAAACGACACAAAUCCUUCCCUAUACCAAGCAAGAAUAACAUCCUAAAACCGCCUUUUCUCAAGUCAGCUCUCAAAUCCUCAAAUACCCCAACAUCUCCUAUCAAGCGUCGAGUAUCGUUCAAUUUGGAAGUCACAGAGGCUGAUACGGAUGACUUUUUCAAAUGCUACAGAGUUCGGAAACGAAGAGAAGAUUCCUCCGAUGAAUCAAUAUCUGGACACUCGCACAAGCGAAAAGGUGGAAAGGAAUCCAAGAAGAAGAAAAGACAUAAGAGAUCUCCUCUGUAUCAAAGCAGUGCAAUAAAUGAUUUAGAUACUGAGUUUCAGGAGAGAUUUUCACAAUGUUUAUCAAUUGGAGAUAUACCAGAAGAUGCUGAAGAUGAUUCUAAGAUAGAGAGUUCAAAGAAUUCUGAGAAUAUUCCAGAAGUUGCAGAAGAAAAUUCAUCUUCUCAACCUGAAACUGAAGAUACGAAUUCUUCAGAAAAUGUACGAAGUAUUGAGGAUAACUCUCUGAAUUCCCAGGAAUACGAUGAUUUUAGGGAAGCUUCAGCAGAAAUAGGUGAAGGUAGUGAAAUAUCGACGCCCGAAGGAGCAGAUUUUAUGAAUGAAGAUGAGAAUGAUGAUGCAGGAAGUAUUGAAAAUGUUGAAACUUCUCACAAUCAAGAUGAAGAUGAUAAAAAUGAAGAUGAUGAUGUAUUUGCUGAGAAUGAUGAUCCAUCCAAUCCUAUUGAGUUCGGAGAUAUUUCAGGAGAUAUCUUUGUUUCGAGUUCUUCAGAAAAUGAAGAUGAUAUGGAAGAUCGGAUGGAGGUGUCAGGCAGGAAUGGUCAAAAAAUGAUAAUGAUGCAUGUAGAGGUGAUGUUGGAGAAGAUAAUUGAUUCAAAGAAAUUCUGCAAGCAACGCGGUAUCAAAUAUAUUUCUAAGCAGGAUUAUCAGGAUGGAAAGAAGAAAAAGUCCAAGAAGUGCAAGCACAAACACAAGAAACGUCGAAAAUCAAGAAGAGAAUCGAGAGAUAUGCCUCCUGAGGAAGAAGUGUUGGAGGAUCAGAUGAAAAUUGAGAAGAAGUGUAAUGAAACAACGGAGGAAGAACUAUGCGAGAUGUCUCCGGCAGAGAACAAUCAAUCAGCAGAAUUUGCUCCGGCAGUUGUUCCUGUGUCGGAAAAAUCUCCAGGACCGAUAAAAUUGAAACUGAGAUCGCAGGAGGAGUUGAUGAUACCAGAAAUGAAGCAAAUGCAAUCGAUACAGCAAUCGAUUCAGCAAGUCGAUACGUUGGAUUUGGAGAAUGUAACUAGGUUAGAUUAUCACUAUCUAGACAAUCAUUAUUUGUUUGACUCAUCAGAAGCUCAUUCAAAUAUCAAGGAAGACAUUGAACAGACCAUUCAGAGUCUGAUAACCCUUUCGGAGCCGGAUGACUUUACGAAUCGAUCGGAGUACUUUGAAUAUGAUAGUGGAAAGUCGAGCAAUGUGAAAUCUACGAAUUCUUCAAAGGGUUCUGAUCAGAAGACGCCAUAUACGGAAGAAUCACCAGGAGUAAUAGGUCUUCUCAAUGAUGAUAUGACAAUGAUGACAUCAGUAAUGCCCAUUGAUAUUUGUCCUCAAAAGAAUGGACCAAUUGAAAUGGUACGGAGGCAGCAGCAAGUGGUCAGCAUGAGUGAUAUUCUGGCACCGAAAAAGGCUACUCCCGAACCUCCGGCAGAAUGUCUGAGUUUCUAUGAUAGUGGCAGUGAUAAGAAUAUCACGGGAGAGUCCUUUUGCGAUGAGAACCAUUCAGUUCGGCAGGAUAACUCCAAAAUGCCCGGAUUUAGCGAAUCACCUAAUGAAAUCAGAUCAUCCAGUCCAUAUGUACGAGUUCUUUCCUUCGAUGACAUUCACAUGGGCAAAGAUAUGUGCGAUGAACCAUGUGAUGUUUUAUCCAAAUUUCACAUGACUCCUCCGCGGCAAGACAAUGAAUUUGUCACGAUCAACAAGAAAGAUUUAGCUGACAUCUCUUCGGUGUCUAUCUCUCCGGAAAUCCCACAGAAAAAUUCAACAGAAACACUUCCCACAGACAAACAACAAUGUCAGGAAGUUGUGCAGCAAGUACAAGAGCCAGAUAAGAGCAUUGAUGUAAGCGAUGAAAGUUCAAGUAGUUGGAAUUCCGGAGGGAAUUCACACGAAGUUGCAGAAGCUUCGCGAAAAACUGUCGCUACAGAAAAACCUCCAGAACCACCAGCACAACCCAAAAAGCCUCAAGAUAAACCUCGACCCAAAGUGAAAUCAGACAAAGUGACCAAGAUUCCACCGAAAGAAGCUCAGGUCUUCUUCCCAAUUAAAUGCAACGAAAGGAUUCCCGUAUCCAAGCAUACGCCCAUUAAAAAUCGGUCUACAGCUACUUACUCAUCGUCCAAGACAACUAUCAUCCGGAAGUCACCUUCACCAGCCAGACGGACAAUUACCUCGACAAGAGAAUUUAGGGAGAAGCCAUCACAUAACCUUCUCGAUAUGCCACAGUUGAUUGAUGAUGAUGUGGAAGAGACAGAGAGAUAUCCCAGUAAAUCAUUUAUAAACAAAUCGUAUACUCCAAAGAGAAAGCCCGAAGAGGUGCCAAAGAGCCCGGGGCAGCCCAAGAUGACUGGGGAGGAACUCUUUGAUCAGUUGAAGAAGGCUGAACUGCAGACAAAGUUGAUCGGAAAGAUUCCACUGAAACGAACAGAAAGUACUUCAACAGAAUUAUCAAAAUCGUCAAUGAAUGAUAUCGAAGUGGUAUCUCCUCUUGAAGCUGUGACCAAGCAACCAGAGACAAUCCAUCCACCUCCGGCAAAAAUAGCCAAAAUCCAUCCACAAGUGGUAGAUAAGGAGGAAUCUCGGAGGAGGAAACAUGGUCAAGUAUAUAGGAGAGAUCCUUUUAGAAAUCCCGAAAUGACAACCUCAUCAUUGUCCCCAGAAAUGAAAGCUCGUGAGAAUCUUGUGAAAGAACUUGGGCUUUCCAUGGGUGUUGAUGAUUCCACUCUUAAGGUUAGACUGGAGCAUAAAUUGAAUGAAUUGAAUGCUCUGCCAACUCCUCUGGUGUACUCGGAACACAAGGAACUGAAGGCAAGAAAGGAGUCACUCCAGAAGCACCUUAGUAUUCUAACAGCCAGAUUGGGUAGUAGUAGUUUUAGAUCGAAGCCAAUAGCCCUUGUGCCACCUUCAAAUACAAAUCGUGUCAAAAGUCCAGUGGCGUCGUCGUCCUUUGAUCGCUUCCAGGCAGACGUUUCGAGUUCAUCGAGUUCGUCAACACCAACAAAAUCUCGACCACAGUCCAGUAAUCGACCACACCAGAAUUCCUGGAAUCCUGAACACAUCCCCACAGAAGUAAUAAUAGCGACGUAUCAACAAAAAGCUAAAGAUAAACAAUCAAAACGCCAUCACUAUGUCUAUACCUAAGAAAAUCUUUUUUUUUUAAAUUUCAAAUUUCGAGGGACAAAAGAAUAUUUUACAGUCAAAAAAAAUCAAAAAAUAUUUGAAAUUAAAUGCAUUUACCACACAAAACAACAGCAACACAAAAAAUAGCAGAGAAAUAUUUAAGGAUUGCUGAGAUUUCUAGCACACAGAUAAGUAAAGAUAUUUAAAAAAAAAACAAAUCACGGUUAAAACAUUUGGAAAUGAAUUUUGGGAUAAAAGACUUUUCAGGGAAUUUCUAUGAGAAACUGUAGGUCUUUUUUUUUUGUAAUUCUUAAUAUGCAAGGAAGUUGUAUUGAACAUUCAAAGGAGACUCCGCCCUAAAAGAAAAUAGCCCAUGUCUCCUUCAGUGGUUAUGACAAAUUGUUAUUAUAAAAUUAAUGUUGAUAUUGUUGUUCUUCAAAUUUGAGGUAAGACCUUUCUCUUAAAUUCGAAUUUUCAUAAGAGGUUACUGUAAAACUUUUGAGACAAACAACUACUAAAAUUAAGCCACGCCCAUAAAUCGUGUCCCGAAUUUAAAUUCCAAGAAGACAAAUGACUCACAUUAAAAAACUAUAGUACAUACAAAAAUACUAUUUAUAUUUCUUGAAAGUGUAUUUCAUUGUGAUUCAAAUCCACUUUAUGGUUUUUUAUUCAAGCGGUUUCUCCGCGAAAUCUUUGCACCAUCUUCUUUACUCCCCUCAUAAGGCUCUGAACAAGGUCGUCCCCACGAUCUCUGACGACUUUCUUCCACUUUCGUGCGAAGUCAUGCAAAUUUUUGGCUGGAUUAGCCUUCUUCUUCAAGUCUCCUUUCAAAAUUCCCCAUUAUUUCUCAAUGGGGCGGACUUCUGGAGAGCAGGGCGGCUUGACCUUCUUAUCUACAUAUUUGACAUUGUUGUUGGCAAACCAUUCCAGGGUGGCUUUCGCGUAAUGACAUGAUGCCAAAUCAGGCCAAAAUAGAGGAGGGAUGUCGUGGCUUUGAUAUAGUGGCAAAAGUCGUUUUUAGAGGCACUCUUUAUUGUAGAUAUCCGCGUUCAUCGUCCCUGUUAUGAAAAAUUCUUCGCUGCGACAUCCACACGAGCAGAUUGCCAUCCAAACCACAUAUUUCUUCGGGAACUUGUCGCAAUCUUUGAACCUGUACUUGCUGGCUACACACGUACGAGUCUUCGCCGUGUAAAACUGUUGGCCGGGCAACUGAGUAAAUUCACCUUUUACGACAGUUUCGUCGUCCAUCAAAAUGCAUCCUUGAAAGCCUUUCAAAACUCGAUCACUCAGAUUUCUCGACCUCGUUUUGGCACUUUGCCUCUGCUUUUCCGUGCGAUGGGGAACAGCUUGAGCUUUGUACGUUAUCAAUCCGUUAUUCUCUUUGAUUCUCUGCACUAAGCUCUUGGAGAUCCCCAGCUUUUUGCCCACAUCUCUGACUGAAAGACAAGGUUGCUUCUGGAAAAGCGCCAACACUCUCUUCUCCAUCCUCUUGUUUACAGCUCCAGGUUUUCUGCCACAUUCUGGCUUUCGAACAACAGUCUUGAGUUCCUUGAAGCGUAAUAUAACCCUUCGCACCGUGGAUAGACACUUUCCGGUGAUCCUUCCGCUUUCAGAAUAGCUCGCUUUUGGAUUCUUUAGGUACUUGUCCACGAUCAAUUUGCGCAGUUUCUCAAUUUUUAUCACUUUUCUCAGCCAAAACACAACCUUUUUCAAUAUUUUUUUCAGAAAUGAAAAGCUGACGAAAUUCUCUUGAAACGUCAAAAAAAUCAAAACAAAACUCAAUUCCUAUUGUGACUACCUUCAUGUCGAAAACUUAUCAUUUAAAUCCAGGACACGCUUAAAUAAGAAUGUAAUUUUGCUCUUUUCACUCUUUUUUUUUCUUCUUUUUUUAUCAAACAAUGUAAGAGGGGCGGACCCUAUCUGUUUGAGAAAAAUAGAUAUCAAUAUCAAUACAAAAGAAGCCCAAAGGCACUUCCUCGAAGCAUCCUAGAGUUGAUGGGAGACAAAUCGUGUUGGAAAUGACUGCCUAACAUGAAAACUUCUGUUCGAUAUGAAGGAUAUCAAGAUAUCAAAACAUAUUCACAAUAAAUCAAUUCUCCUUAGAGAACAUGGGAUUCUGAUACCGUUUCUUAGACUCAUAAUCCUCUCGUUCAGUAAUAACCUUCCCGAUUUGAGAGCUCUCUUCAGUAGAGGUUUUUCCUUUACCGAUUCGAAGGUAUAUCAGAGAGAAUUUACCUAAAAACCCGUUGGAAGUUCGAACGUUCAAACCGACGAGUUACACAAAAAUGAGCAAGUUCCUAAAAAGGACAUCUCUUUGAGUGAAAGUGCAAUUAAGACGUUCUUCCAUCCUGAAUUUCCACAAAACUACACAAAAAAUCACUUUUUGCAGCAAAAGUUUGCACACUGUUGCUGACAUUGUUGACGAUUGAAGUGUCAAGAAUAUCGAAAUUCGAAAUGGCAGAACAAUCAGCGCUAAAGCGGCGAGUACGUGAACUUGUACUUUAGGCUUCCGGUAGAUUUUCGAAUGGGUUUGGCUUGGCUUUGGAUUGGCAUUGUCUCUUCGAAAGGUUAUUACUGAACGGAGCCAAUGAGUCAAAACAAGUUGAAGUGCACGAGGCAAUUGGUUAAGAUUAGUAGAAAAGACAGUCAGAGUCGGUGCCCCUAUAGCGUAGCGGUCAGAACAUAAUCCUAAAGGUCCUAAGAUCCGAAAGGUUCUAAGUUCAAGCCUAAGUGGGUUCAGGAUAUUUUCCUGUCGUGCUGAAUGUCACCUCUCUCUGUGCACAAUUACAAAAACUCUUGGGAUUUCGAACCAAGUGAAGUCCUGCUCGAAACGUACUCUCGGUAUCAAGAUAGCACAGUAAGUGGAAGAUUUGGCAUUAUCGUAGAUGCGGAUGACUUUGUCUUUCGUGGGUGACUUUGCCUCUCAUGUUCAGAAGCUUUUCUUUAAUUUUAGCAUUUAAGAAUGGUCUUUACCGAUCCGAGUUGUCAAUUUUAUAUAAUGAAAGGAAUCUUUCGGGUUCCGUCUACAACUUUUAGGUUUUCCGAUCGGCUUAGUUUGUUGGAGAAGUUUUGCAGUACCUCCAAUUGAAUGUUAAAAAUUCAAAAAUUUAAAAAUGUGUUGGAUAUAAGCGAUAUAAAUUUUGAAGGAGGCGUGGCCUAAAAUUUCUUUAAUUGAAAAAUAAGCUGAGAAAGUUCAAUGGAACGUUUUUGCAAUGAAGACGACUUAGAGAAAAAACAUUACAGAUUUUCGUAGUUAUACGUCCCUUUUGGUAAUUAAAAAGUUCGUUUUUAUGAAUUAUUUUUUAGGGUUUUCUUAAAAAAAAAGAAUAAAAUAACAUAAAAAGAUUAUAUAGCACAGUUCUGCUUCAAAAUAUAAUUUUUAUUUGUGUUUUUCUCAAACACGAAAUUAAUGGUGCAAAUCUAGGAUUGUACUACUUUCUAGAAUAGGCUUACAUAUUUAGUUUUCUUUUUUAUUAGGUUUUUUUCUGUGAUAAUUUUCCACUCCUCGUGAAGAUAAUUUUGAAAACAAAAAAAUAGUAACGUAUAGAAAUAAAAAGAGGCAAGUUAGAGCAUUGAGAAAAUGUAAUUGUUCAGUCAAUCGUACGUAAUUCAAAGUAUGCUAUCCAUUUAUAUUAAUCCUCUACCUCCAGACCUAAUAAGUUCGUCAAUGAUACAUAAUAUUAUAUUUAUAGAAUAGAAAUAUCAGUAGAUUAAAACAAAAAUUAAGUCAUGAUUGAGAUAUAUCACAAGGGAGAUCUUAUUUAAACGUUUUAAGUUUUCUUCAUUGUAAAUACGAAAAGAUAGAAGGAGGUGAAUUUAGUAAUUUAAAAAAAAAUGAAAACUAACAAUUUUUCCUACAAAAUACAAACGUAAGAUAGUGACGUAAUGUGACGUAAUAUAAAAUAUCUUAAUAGAAUUUAUCAAUGUCUAGGAAGAAGCUCGCUUUUCGGAGUAAUUCAAUUUUAGGAUAUUUCUAUUGGUAACAAUUUUGCAGAUAGGUGUGUAAAUAAUUUAUUAUUAAAAGAAAAAAAACAACAAAAAAUGAGAAAGAGGAUGUUUAGUAGAAUUUUAUUUGCAUAAACAAGUAAUUUAAUGGACGGAUCCACACGAGCUCAAGACUUAUUUCAAAUAUAUAUUACUUUAUAGUCCUUCUCACAACUUUCAAGCAAAAGGCUGCAAAAGUAAGGGGUGUAUAUGGUGGUUAAAAAUAAGUCUUAAAUUUAGGAGUAUAAGUUUAAAAUAUUCAGAUUUAUUUAACGUAUUUGCAAUCAGUUGAGAUUUUUUUCCUGCCCAUGAAGCACAUAAGCUUCCCUCCUUCCUAGUUUCUUUAUUUUUUGUCUUCAGGAUUAAGAGCAAUAAAUUCAGUUUGUGUGCGUGUGAGAAAAAUAUAAAUUAACUAUAUAUACGAUAAAUAGUGUACUGAGAGAAAGUCGAUAAGAGAUACGAAAUAAAAUUGAAUAAUAAAAUUUA